AAUGCACACGGGUUGGCUUACACAUGCACACACUCACGUCAGCAUCUAACAAAGCAGCUGACCUUACAACAAAGCAGCACAAAGGAGAGUGAGGUGAAAGGAGAGGAGACAGCAUUGAGUCAGAGGAGAACACUGAGUAACUCCACUGGACACAGUCCACGGGACAGGAGAGCAGGGAUGAGUGAAGAGGACAAUUACGCAGUACAGAGAGGAGAGAGAGGACAAUUUCUUACAGACGGACAGCAGAGGAGUGCAGACAGUGGAUGAUCCACUCUCGAUCAGGACUACAGUCCAGUAAGAUCCAGAGAAUGGAGAGUUCACUGACAGACCCAUGGAGACAGAGUCCUGGAGAUGCUACUCUAAGGUGCCUGUGUUGAUCUCUCUAUAUCACUCUGUCUAUGUCUGGCUCUCUCCCUCAACUCUCAUCACUGCAGCAUUCAACAUAACCACAGUAUUCCUCCGCCAUGCCACUGUUCAGCUGGAUGAAAUGGUUGCGUGCUGAAGGAGAACAGGCUCAAGAUGAGGGGACGUCUGCUAAGUCCACAGGGGUAUUACCCAGCAGCACACUGAUCAGGGAGCUGCUGUGGCACGUGGAGGAGAGGGAGCGCCUGGCACGGGAGAUGGAGCGGGAACACAGGCUGGCCCACAACACCGUGGGAUACCCCCACUGGCUCCAGAGCUAUCCCAGGUUACGCACGCUGAUCCCCGCAUCAGAGCGUCACCAGUUGGAGCAUUUGUGUGCCCAGAUCCAGCCCAUGCACACAGCCACGGUGCUCUCCAGGUUCCGUGAAGUGCUGGCCAGCAACAACAUCCUGCCCUGGGAGCUGGUGUACGUCUUCAAGCAGGUGCUGAGAGACUUCCUCAACAAAGAGGAAGGGGAAGAAGAGGAGGAGCACCUGCCACAGCCAACACUGCUUGGGCCAAUGGAGGCCUGCACCAACCGAUACCAAAUGAAGCAGGGCUUUGUCACACCCACUGUGCCCGACUGUGGUGUGUCCCCGAGAGAGGAGAUCCCAACCAUCUCUGGCUAUGUGGACCGUACAAUGAGAGGCUCUAGUCCUUUCACUCCCCAUAGGGACUGGGACCUUCCCUACUACUACCACCACCCAGUGCCACACAACUCCACAGAGGCCUACAGCACCAUGCUGUGAGAGGAGGCAGGGUGGUAAAGUAGUACCCAACUAACGACCAUGCUUACCUUCUAUCCUUGUUAGGUCAUGCCUGAAAGAGCUGUAAUCUCCCAAAAAAUGUGGAUAAAAUAUGUUACAGAUUUAUUCAUUUGAAUGAACUGCAACAAAAUAUUGCACUGGACAAGGGGACUUGGGGGCAGAUUCAGACAUUCAACACCUGAACUAGGGGCGCAUCUCAAUACUAGCUACUACAACAGGAUAGUCUACUAGCUAGCCUACUUCAUUUGCACUGACUGAUUUGACAAGUCAACCCGUGCUUAGAUAUUUUGGCACCUGGCUAUAGAGUACCACAGCAUGAGUCAUACUUCCCAUAAAACCUAGCGGUCAAACAGAAAUCUUCCAAUUGUUUUUCCACCAUUCAUUUUUCCCCAUAGGGGAUUUUAGAAACACUUAAAAUAAGGGCUGUGUUUUGUGAAGGUUUAUCCUGGCGUGACGAUAAUCCCAUCCACCUGACAGGUGAGGCAUAUCAAGAAACGGAUUAAACAGCAUAAUCAU